CGCCUUUAAAACACCUCAGGUUCCAUAAGCUAACUGCAGGCGAUAACACUCUGAUUCUAUCAACUUCGUAUAAUGUCGACACCGUCAUCGCUCAAUCGAAGAGCAAGCGCUACAAGUUCUACGAUGAAUGAGAUCGAGCAAUCCGUCACCAAGCUCUUGCUGGCCACCAAGCAAUUGCUGGAGGGACUCACGCAAUGGUCAACUAGCAGGAUCAGCGAACAACAAGUAUACGAUAUUUUUCAUUCUCUUACUUCACAGUUCGCCCAAGCCAAGCGGGCAUUUGAAUCAGCCGAUAUUUCCAUGGCGGAUCUUAUGUAUGUCCCAGAUGACUUGAGGCAUUGUCUUAUCAUUGCUUUGGACGAGGAGCCGUCAACCACUGCCUUAGAACACCACUUACCGACUAUCCGGGAUGUCAUUAUCCGGCUGUUGCAAGGUUUGAAGAGGAAGCAAGCACAGUUUCGAGAUAGAUCAGAGGCAUAUCCCUCGACUUCGCAGCGGUCCAGUCGGCUGGUUAACAACAGCAGUCGAAAUUCCACAAGGUCGUCCCAGCCUCCGCCAAGAUCGUCAGAACGUCCAGAUAUGAACCGAAAAACUUCAUCGGAGCAGCCCUACGGAAACAUCACCCCUCGAUCAUCCAUCGACUCAAGAUCCAUGUCACCCACGAACUCUAGUCGAUCGGAUUCUCCUUCACCGUCGUCAAGUACGUCCGGAGAUCGGUUGUCAAGGCGGCAAGCGAGUUUCAUACAACCUUCUCCGUCUACCAGCCAAGGACGAAGCUCACUACCGCAAAGAGAAUAUUCUGGCGACUUCGACAUGAAUGACCCAAAAACCGCAGAUGCGCUGGCCGCUCUGAAAAAACAGGAAAACUUGGCUCGUAGAUCUUCUGUGCGACGAGCUUCAGCGCUUUACCGAUCAACAUCGAAUGCUUCCACGCGAGCCAACGGUCGACCUCGACUCACAUCAGAUGCAAAGGAGCUGAUUCCGCCUGUACCCAUGGUCCCAGAAAAGGAGUUAGAUUUUGCACCUCUUGACCUACCAGAAUUCACUCAGGAUCAUGAGCAGGUUGAUGUACAUGCUAAGCCGGAAUUGCGCAAAGGUUCAGUGGAAAAUAACAACACUGUUAUCGAUACGGGAACCAUUGAUUUGUACUUGAAGCAUGGAAGACAAGUGAAGAAAGUCGAGUAUGAUGGCGUGGUAGAGUUAUCGAAAUUACGGAUGCUCUUCAUUGAGAAGUUUCCACAUAUUGCUCGAAACGACCAUUUUCCCGCCAUCUACAUCUUCAGCCCCACUGCUCAGAUUUCAUAUGAACUGGAAACUCCAUCGGAUGUGAAGGCUGACUCCGUCCUUACCUUGGAGCCAGAAGAAUCCCCAAAUGUCAAUCAGCAAAUAUCAGAACAGAUGAGCACAGGAUUCAGCACUGUGGCAAAAGAGAUGUCGGAUGUCAAGCAAGAACUACUGUCGUAUUUGAAGGAAGUCCAUGGGAAAGCGAUGAAUGCUGCAAUGACUACAAACGAAGUACCCGCCCCUGCUCCCGCUAUCCACGUCACAUCGGAGACAGAAGAAAAAGUUGUAGAAGAGGACUCUGCAGAAGAGAAAGCUACAGAAGAAGUGGUGAACUCAGCAGGAGGUGAAGGAUCACAAGACGUGAGCGACGCACUGAAGAGCAACAUUGCAGCGGCAUCCGUUCUAUCUGAGGUGAAGGAAAAGUUGAAGCAAGUGGAAACGAUACGACGAGAUAUGGGGGUUGUUCGUCAGUUGCACGAUGGCUUCCGCUCGGAAAUGCAAGGUCUCAUACAAGGACUGCGAGAGAAAUCAAAGGUCCUGAAAACACAGCCUAUCACCGUCACCAGCGCACGCAAGUAUGUAGAUGCAGGCAAAGAAGAGCUUGACAAAACGGCCGAAGACAUUACGAAACGACUUGAAGAUCUGCAGGAUACCAUUGAUGAAUUAAAGCUGGAUGUAACUUCGCGUAAAUGCCGACCUUCCUCUACUCAGAUGCAGCAUUGUGACGAUGAAGCCAAGCAGCUUCAGACCGAUAUUGCCACUCUGUCUGACAAGAUCAAGACCGUCAAACCUAUGUGGAAGAAGACGUGGGAGGAGGAAUUGCAAAAUAUCGUCAAGGAACAACAAUUUCUCAAGGACCAGGAAGCGCUGUUACUGGAUCUUGAAGAAGACCAUACUGCUAUUUUAGAGGUAUUCGGACAGCUGCAGAAAAUUCGGGAGAUUCAAGAAAAAGGCAAACCUACACGUCGUGAAUUUCGAAUCCCUGUAUCCGAAGCUGGUCAUGAUGGUAUGAACAGUGUAUUAAAACAAGUGACGACCAUUCAAGUGGAUCCAGAACGACGCCUUCGAGCGCUCAAUCAAGCUGAGAAGAUGAGAGAACGGGAGCUAGCCAAUCGUAUUGAUGAGUUUGAACAUGAACUCACGUCUUUUGUUGAAUCCAAAAAACUUCGCAUGACCGGUGGUGCUCAGGAAAUUGAGCGUCAACGGCAGAAAAAGAAUCAAAAUAUGUUACGACAGUUAUAUGAGAAGAAAAAAGAAAAGGAUGGAGACGACCAUGUUGAAGAGCAAGCUGAGGCUCAAGACAAGCCAGAGUCUGAGCAAGUGGAGGAAGCCGAAGUUACAGGAGACAUAGUCGAAGAGGAGUCGACCGAUCCAACGCCAGUCACCCCUGUAUCUGAAGUAACUGAAGAGACGGCGACUGUGGAAGGAACGGGUCAAGACACAGAAGCAGCACCCGAUGGGGAUCCAUCGGCCGUAACGCAAGAUGAUCAAAAGGAGCCUGAACCCGGCGUAGAGGCUGUAACUGCUCCAGUGGAAGCAGACGCUCCUACUGAAAAGCCUGAAGAUGACCCUAGUAGCAGCAAAGAUGCUGAAUGAUAAAAAACCACUGUCCAAACCACCUUUCCAUUAAUCCCUUCCACCACACUUGUAUACCAUUUAAUUACCUCUCACCAAUGCUGCAUCCUAUAAAUAUCACAACCCU